UAGUUUGUAGGACAGACAUUGAGAUAGCUAUAAACACUACUCCGUAGCCUCAUAAGCCAAUUAUACCCAACUGCUGAUAUUAUUACAACAACAUAGGUACGUAGUUGUUAGAAUCAAGCUUUCCCUGGAUUGGACAAAAAAGACGGAUUCACCUCACCCCACUUGUUGAAUUGUGAGAUUCUAGUCCUUUUCUCACAUUUCUCUUCCCAUACAAAUGCACAUUAUGACCCUUUUCUUUCUUUGAUAUUCGCAAUACCUACUCGAGUAAAGACCAUUUUGAUGGCCACAAGUAACCUCAAGUUAAUCAAAUCAUAAGCUGAGCCAUACUUCGAUUCAACCUUUUGAGGUGUACCUGCUUCUUAAUUUUAGCUUGGCGGGUCGAACUGGUGAACCCUUUUUAUCAAGCGAUUGAUAUUACUUACAUACAGUAUUACUACAAGCUUCCGAGAAUUUUAAGCCGAUUUAGGUUCCGGUGCUUCCCACUCAACCACAAAUUCAUCCCUCAACCCACUUUCUACAAGAACAAAAGCCCACCCUUCCAACUUCCAACUCUCGCUCAUUUUCACGAUUCUUUACCAAAUAUCCAGGCGAUUGUCAAUGGCCUGCGAUAACCGUUAGCUGUUGUGUCACUGGCGUGCUGCGUGGGAUCUUUCCCCGCACACCGGGACACGAGAUUGCAAAGAAAAGAAACGGCGACAAUAACUGAAGGCCUUCCAACCCAUCGGCGGCUUUCCUCCCGCAAUUACUUCUGCCCGUCUGCGGCCGAGGUAGCAGAAGCUAUCGAAUAUUUGCGCCAACAACAAUUAAAAUGUCACAUGAACGCAGCACGCCAUCAUCACCGCGAUCUGAGGAUUUUGCGUCCUCCAAGCCUACUACUCAACAAUUCGCAUCGAGUUUGGCGUUCGGGGGAGGCGAUUCACCCAUUACUAGAUUGGAGAGAAUAGCUAGAACAAGGGCGGAAUGGGAGUUUAAUGCAUUUGCCGGAGCGGUGGGUGGUUUUGCUUCUGGAGUUGUCACUUGCCCACUAGAUGUCAUUAAGACGAAAUUACAAGCACAAGGAGGUUUCAGAGCAGCACAAGGACUGGGUUCACAAUCUGCUGGACAAGCGGUAUACAGUGGUUUACUUGGAACAGGAAGAGUCAUAUGGCGAGAAGAAGGGUUGAAAGGAUUGUAUCGGGGCCUUGGUCCGAUCAUCCUUGGUUAUCUACCAACAUGGGCAGUUUGGUUUACGGUUUAUGGCAGAUCAAAACAGUUUUUUGGGCAGAAAAGUGGUAUGGAUUUCCCAUGGAUAAAUCUUGAAGGUGAAACUGAAAGCUAAGAAAAAACCUUUACAGAUAACACGGUAGUGGUAAAUUUUUGGUCCUCGAUAAUGGCUGGAGCCUCGUCUACAAUGGUUACGAAUCCGAUCUGGGUUAUAAAAACUCGCCUAAUGUCACAAGUCAGUCGAAAGGCAAAGAGUAAUGGAGCUAGACCACCUUGGCAUUAUCGUUCAACUUUGGAUGCCGCAAAAGUGAUGUACAGGACUGAAGGAAUUUUAUCAUUCUAUUCCGGUUUGACUCCUGCACUACUUGGCUUGACACAUGUGGCUGUUCAAUUUCCAACUUAUGAAUACCUUAAGAAAAAGUUCACAGGUCAGGGCAUGGGAGAAUCCGCGGAAGGUGACGAGAGCGCUCAUCUAUUCGGAGUAUUAUCCGCCAGUGUGCUCAGCAAGAUUAUAGCGAGCUCUACCACAUAUCCUCAUGAAGUCAUUCGAACAAGACUUCAAACUCAACAAAGAUCCAUGCCAGCUGCCUCGACAGAAUACAGUGCAUUUAGGGGAGGUCUAGAAGGACACUCCCAUCAACAUGGGAUUCCAAAUCCCGUGACCCAAGUUAAACAAGCAGUACCAAAAUAUAGGGGCAUUGUGAUGACAUUUAAAACGAUAUUACGUGAAGAAGGAUGGAGAGCAUUUUAUGCUGGUAUGGGCACGAAUAUGAUGAGAGCUGUACCGGCGGCUACGACCACUAUACUCACUUAUGAGUAUGUUAUGAAACAUCUGAAUCAUGCCAGGGCAGAAGGACUACGAAAAUCGGGAGAAGAAUUGUAAAUGCUUGAAUUCUUCGGAAAAAUGUCCUUGGCAAGAUGUUCAAACCAAGUCAUAGCCCUGUGAAGUUCGAGGUGGUAAGAAACUAAGAAAUAUUUCUGCAUUUUACAGCAUUUGAAAUUUGAUGGCGUUCGAUCAUGUACUCGGCGCGGUAUCGAGUUAGCAUGAUGUGGCUUUUGUGUUUAUGGAAAAUAUUACAGACGCCUAUUUGGAUUGUACCUUUUUUGUGAACGAAGAGCUUGUACUUAUAGAUGGUUUUAGCUAUCAAGGCAAUGAU